GCUCCUGCGUGGGCUCAGAGAGCGGACAGUUCAGUUCUCAUCAUGAGCGAGCUGUAGCGAAGCGGGCUCCGGGGCUGCUGUAGUAUGCCUGAAGCGUGGAGGGGUCUGAGCAGCUGAAUGCGUGACUGCGACUCUGCGUGAAUUUUCUCUUUCUCUUGUUUCUCCGUUGAAAGUGUAUCAUGUGGUGGUGGACGGGUCGUUAGAGUGGGCUCCUGCCCCCGAAAUGUGACUGUAUUUCGGGGGGGUGGUGCUCCCUAAAGAACAUGUAAGAAUCAGCAGGAACGCGCGCAGAUCCUUCACGGAUUCUCAGCCACAAUGCAGAAAGGGAUCCGGCUGAAUGACGGGCACAUCACCUACCUGGCUCUGCUGGCGAAGAAGGAUGGGACGAGGAGAGGAUGCCUGAGCAAGAAAAGCUCAGACAACACAAAAUGGCAUUCAAAGUGGUUCGCCCUGCUGCAGAACAUGCUGUUUUAUUUCGAAAACGACUCCAGCUCACGCCCCUCUGGACUCUACCUGUUGGAGGGGUGUGUUUGCGACAGAGCACCGUCCCCGAAACCGUCUCUGUCAGCGAAGGAAUGUCUGGAGAAACAGUAUUAUUUCACUGUCACGUUCAACCACGACAACCAGAAGGCUCUGGAGCUGCGCACAGAAGACGUCAAGGACUGCGAUGAGUGGGUGGCCGCCAUCACUCAAGCCAGUUACAGAAACCUGGCGACAGAGCAUGAGACCCUCAUGCAGAAGUAUCUUCAUCUACUCCAAAUAGUGGAGACGGAGAAAACGGUUGCCAAGCAACUUCGACAACAGAUAGAGGAUGGAGAAAUCGAAAUAGAACGGCUAAAAUCAGAGAUUGCUGCGCUGCUGAAGGACAAUGAAAAGAUCCAGUCGAAUCCAGAGGUGCCUCCCAGUGAGGACGACACGGAGAUCAAGAAGAUCAAGAAGGUCCAGAGUUUCCUGAGAGGCUGGAUUUGCCGCAGGAAGUGGAAAACCAUCAUCCAGGACUACAUUCGGUCUCCGCACGCGGAGAGCAUGAGGAAGAGGAACCAGGUGGUGUUCAGCAUGCUGGAGGCUGAGGCCGAGUAUGUGCAACAGCUUCACAUCUUGGUCAACAAUUUCCUGCGGCCACUGCGCAUGGCAGCGAGCUCCAAGAAGCCUCCCAUCACACACGACGACGUCAGCAGCAUCUUCCUGAACAGUGAGACCAUAAUGUUCCUUCAUCAGAUCUUCUAUCAGGGUCUGAAGGCCAGGAUAGCCAGCUGGCCAACACUGGUGCUAGCUGACCUGUUUGACAUCCUGCUGCCCAUGCUGAAUAUCUACCAGGAGUUUGUGAGGAACCAUCAGUACAGCCUGCAGAUCCUGGCCCACUGCAAACAGAACCGAGACUUUGACAAGCUGCUGAAGCAGUACGAGGCCAAACCUGACUGUGAGGAGCGGACGCUGGAGACCUUCCUCACCUACCCCAUGUUUCAGAUUCCACGUUACAUCCUGACUUUGCACGAGUUGCUGGCUCACACUCCGCAUGAGCACGUGGAAAGAAACAGUUUGGAUUACGCCAAGUCAAAGCUGGAAGAGCUUUCAAGAAUCAUGCACGAUGAAGUGAGCGAGACGGAGAACAUCAGGAAGAAUCUGGCUAUCGAGCGCAUGAUCGUGGAGGGCUGCGAGGUGCUGCUGGACACCAGCCAGACAUUUGUCCGACAAGGAUCCCUGAUCCAGGUGCCGAUGAGUGAGAAGGGGAAGAUCACCAGAGGGCGGCUGGGAUCUCUGUCUCUGAAGAAGGAAGGCGAGAGGCAGUGCUUCCUCUUCUCCAAACAUCUCAUCAUCUGCACUAGAGGAUCUGGAGGGAAACUUCAUAUCACUAAGAAUGGAGUGGUGUCUCUCAUCGACUGCACCCUGAUGGAGGAGCCAGAGGGCACGGAUGAUGAAUCCAAAGAACGCAGCGCUCAGGACACUGAGCACCUGGACUUUAAGGUGAUGGUGGAGCCCAAAGACGUCCAACCGUUCACAGUCAUCCUUGUGGCUUCGUCACGACAGGAAAAGUCAGCCUGGACAAGCGAUAUCAGUCAGUGCAUUGAUAACAUCCGCUGCAAUGGGUUGAUGAUGAACGCCUUUGAGGAAAACAGUAAAGUCACCGUACCUCAGAUGAUCAAGUCAGACACCAGCCUGUACUGCGAUGACGUCGAUAUCCGCUUCAGUAAGAUGAUGAACUCUUGCAAGGUGCUGCAGAUCCGCUACGCCAGCGUGGAGCGCUUGUUGGAGAGGCUCACGGAUUUGCGAUUCCUCUCCAUUGACUUCCUGAACACCUUCCUCCACUCAUAUCGUGUCUUCACCAGUGCUGAUGUGGUAUUGGACAAGCUCAUCACCAUCUACAAGAAGCCAAUCAGUGCCAUUCCUGCACGCUCUUUGGAGCUUUUCUUUGCCAGCAGCCAGAACAACAAACUCCUCUACGGCGAGCCACCCACGUCGCCACGUGCCAGCCGCAAGUUCUCCUCCCCUCCUCCCCUCUCCAUCACCAAGACGUCGUCUCCCAACCGCCGUCGCAAACUUUCCCUCAACAUUCCCAUCAUCACAGGCGGCAAAGCCCUGGACUUGGCUGCGCUCAGCUGCUCUCCCAACGGCUAUGCAAGCAUGCACUCCUCCAUGUCCCCCUUCAGUAAGACCACGCUCGACAUCAACAAGCUCUACGUGUCCAGCACAAUGGCCAGCAAAAUCCCAGACGAAGCAGAGCCCAAAGCUGAAGGGAAAGCUGAGGAGGCCGUCCUCAACAAGCAAGAUUUGUCAGUGAGGGAAGAAUGUGAUGAAGAACCAAGUCAAAGUGAUGAGGCAGAGGCAGAAAUGUCGUCCCCAAAAUCUCCAUCCACUCCCAAGAAUGUCAAGUCAAAGAACUCUGAGUUUUCCCUGUUUAACUUCAACAAUGGCAUGGUGGUGUCAUCCUGUCGAGAGCUGGAAAACAACCGCAGUGCCCUUUCUGCUGCGUCGGCCUUUGCGAUCGCCACAGCUGGAGCCAAUGAAGGCACGCCGACCAAGGAGAAGUACCGCCGGAUGUCUCUGGCCAGCACAGGUUUUCCUACUGAUCAGAGGAAUGGAGACAAAGAGUUUGUCAUCCGCAGAGCCGCCACCAACAGAGUGCUGAAUGUGCUGCGCCACUGGGUCUCCAAACACUCACAGGACUUUGAGCUCAACUCAGAGUUGAAAAUGCGUGUAAUUGGCUUCCUGGAGGAAGUGAUGCACGAUCCUGAGCUGCUGACACAAGAGAGAAAGGCAGCUGCCAACAUUAUCAGGACUCUCACUCAGGAGGAUCCUGGAGACAGUCAAGCCACCAUUGAAGAGAUCACAAAGAUGGCCAUGGAGGAAAGUAAGACUGAACCGUUUGAAAACCACUCAGCCUUGGAGAUUGCUGAGCAGCUCACGCUGCUCGAUCACCUGGUUUUCAAAGUCAUUCCCUACGAGGAGUUCUUUGGUCAAGGAUGGAUGAAGAACGAUAAGAACGAAAGAACACCCUACAUCAUAAAGACCUCCAAACAUUUUAACGACAUCAGCGACAGGAUUGCCUCAGAGAUCCUGCAGUGGGACGAUGUCAACAUGCGAGUGGCCGUCUUAGAAAAAUGGGUGGCUGUGGCCGACAUCUGCCGCUGCCUGCACAACUACAACGCCGUGCUGGAGAUCACCUCCUCGCUCAACCGCAGCUCCAUCUUCCGCCUCAAGAAGACCUGGCUCAAAGUGUCCAAGCAGACCAAGACUGUGAUCGACAAGUUACAGAAGUUGGUGUCAUCAGAGGGUCGGUUCAAAAACCUGAGAGAGGCACUGAAAAACUGUGACCCUCCUUGUGUUCCCUACCUGGGAAUGUACCUGACUGACCUGGCCUUCAUCGAGGAAGGAACGCCCAACUACACCGAGGACAACCUGGUCAACUUCUCCAAGAUGAGGAUGAUUUCACACAUUAUCAGAGAAAUACGACAAUUUCAACAAACAGCUUACAAGAUAGAUUAUCAGACAAAGGUUGCAAAGUACCUGCUGGACAACAGCACAGCGUUGGACGAGGAGAGCCUGUACAAAGCUUCUCUGAGAAUUGAACCCAAAACUUCAUCAUGAAGACGACACGUCUAUUUUUGUUCUCUUGAAGAAGCAAGACUUCAACAUGUAACUUUACUAUUAUUUGUAUUAGACAGAGUAGGCUGUGCCCCUUUAGUAUCUGCUCCCAAAUGAACUUGUUGUGGAUAGUUGUUAUCAUAGGCAGAGUAGAAGUCCAGAGAACUUUUAUUUCUAUAUUGAUGUUAUUUUUGUAUUGUUGUACAUUUAGUUUAUUUUUAUUUAAACUAAGAGAACAAAAAAUCACUUUUUUGUGUGCCAGAUGUCACUCGAAAACUACAAUUAUGCAGCUGCAAAAGCUUUUCUUUUUGGAGAAUAAACAUUUAAAUAUGUCCUUUUAUUUGCUUCCCAAAACGGUUGAUCAUUUAGAUUUGCAGCUAUUCAAUUUCAGCGUGAAAACAAGAUAAAUUUAAAAUCUUGGCAUGUUGAACUGAAGGCCAAUAUUAUUUAAGUGAGAAAUAAAACCCUUUUUAUCGUUGUUGAGUAUGGAAAAAACAUUUGAAAAUGUUUUGUUUUCAACCAGCAGACAGUUAAUAUCUUAUUGUCACUUUAUUCCCCUGGUGGGCAACGUGAUGUAAAUACAAUGUAAACACCAGGCAAUGUAUGUAGCAGAUAUAACUAAUUUUAAGCCACUUUAGGAAGUUAAAUUCCCAGCUUCUAGACUCAGACAGUGUGAGCCACUGUCCUGAUCAUUAAUUCUCUUUGGCCAGUGCAUUAUGAGUUUGCCUUAAUCAUAAAAAAGAUUAUAUAACAACAAAAGUAUGUAAACUAUUUUGUUCUACAAUUUGCCAAUGGAACAUAAAUAUUGGCUGUGUAUAAUAUUAUGUACAGGCAGUCAUUUUCUUAAUGUGCAAUGUGUAUAAGUACAAGAAAAAAAACAUCCUUUGAAAUGUGUUAUUCUUAUGAACGUUCAGCUCUGUAACAACUUUUCUGUGUAUGAUACCUAAAAAAACUGAUGAAAACAACUUAUAAGUGUAACACAUUCUGCAUCCUGUCUGUUUCAACGUGCUGACAGGAACUUUACAGUAAUAUUAUUGUGCUUCUUCUUGGAAUACUUCUAUGUAUUUUUUACAUGCUUUGUAUUGAAAACACCUUAAGCUUGAUGGGCAGGCAUGUUUCACUUUCACGUGUUCAAAUCGAACUUGUAUCUAGAACCGUAUGUGAACUGUAUUUAAACGCCAACCUUGCACAAUAAUCUUUACCCUCUAACAGGCACAUCCGAUGUUUGCAGUGAGCAAUACCCUGUGAUAUGAGAAUAAUCUUUCAGUCUAUUUCAACAGCUUGAGUAGUAUUUCCAGUUUUGUAUAAAAGUGUAUUCUUUCCUGAUUACCUCUUGUUAAUAAAUCUACUCUUUCUCAGGGGGAGACAUUUCUCAGA